UCACAAAAAUUUAUUACUGCCGCCUGAAUUGAAGUAAAAAAUUUUCACUUCGACUUCGCGAUUUAGUUAUUAAUUAAAUUAAGUUUAUAAUCAAUAAAACUUAAGUUAAAAAAUGACUUUAUAUCAUUUUGGUAAUUGUAUAGCAUUAGUUUAUGUGCCAUAUUAUAUGACUUAUAAAUAUUCUGGAUUGUCAGAAUAUGGAGCCUUUUGGAAAUGCAUUCAAGCUGGUGGAAUAUACAUUUUCACACAACUUUGUAAAAUGUUGGUUUUAGCAACAUUCUUUGAUUCGGAAACUCUCACUUCCACUGGAGACUUCGUUUUUCUUUCUGAACUCCUUCGUUGUAGUGUAGAUAUCGCUGAUUUGCUUGGUUUUGCAGUGAUUCUCUCGAGAAUCCCUGGAAAAGGUCAUAGCAAACUUAUAACUGCCGGUUUGGGAUGGGCUGCAGCCGAAGUCAUCCUUUCACGUGGUCUUAUGUUGUGGGUUGGAGCUCGAGGAGCUGAAUUCAGUUGGCAAUACAUUCAAAAAUGUUUAGAAUCAAACGUUCUAUUGAUUCAACACAUUUCUACAGCCACUUUAAUCUGGCUAUUCACUCGUCAUGAUUUGAACAAAAAACUUAAGCCUUUGGUAACAUUUUUGUUGGUUGCAACUGUCUUCAAGGGUGUCUGGCUGGAAGGACUAUUAAGUGUUCUUGCUUUGGGCAUUUGGACAACGAUAGCAUUUAAGGCAUUGACCGCAGCUGGAAUCGGUUUCAUUACCUUGCACAUUUAUACAGGUCUUGCCCAACAGAUAGGCAUUUAAAAAAAGAAAUGAAAUUCUUUAUUUAAUUAAUUUUUUUAGAAUUUAAUUAACAAAAUAAAUUAACAGAAAAAAACACUUUUUGUAAUUUUAAAAUUCACUCACUCACAACAGGAUUGAUUUAUUUUUUUGAUUGUUUCUGGACCCAUUUUGAUUGAUUCAAUUGAAUUUGUUUCAUCUUUUACUAUUUCGAUGUAGUUUUGACCAGCAAGAUCU